ACGAAUGGAAGGGUAGUGUUGAGUUUCGCUAGGGUUGGAUUUUUGCAGCUGCCGUAGCUCCAGAAGAUCUUGGAAUGUCGUGAUUUUCUACCAUGCUGUUCGGGAGAGGUGUUCUUCUGUUGGCCGCGACAAUCUGGGUGGUGGAUGGAGCGCAAACAGCUUCUUUCUAUGGAGAAAGCUACAUCAGAGUGCCUUUCCAGGAUGCCUCCAGCUCCACUGACCUCAAGCUGCAGUUCAAAUCCCAGCUCUCGUACGGCCUGCUUUUCUUGGCUGCAGGCAGCACAGACUACGUUGUGGUGGAACUCAAGUCCGGGUUGAUAGAGGCCAGAUUGGACUUGGGGUCCGGGGAGGCAGUGCUUCAUUCACAACCAGGAGUGCGUCUGGAUGACUUACAGUGGCACACCGUCGCACUGAAACGCACCAACGGCAAAGUGGAGCUCAGCGUGGAUGACAUAUCCAAGUCGACAACUGAGACUAAAGGACAGUUUUUUGAGCUGAACAUUCAGCACGGCCUUUUCCUGGGAGGGACGGGAAACUUUGUGGAGGAAUUCUACGGAACCAUUCGUAAUUACCGUGGCUGCAUUAAGGAGGUGUUUUUUAAUGGCUAUGACAUUCUACAUGCAGCUCAACAGCUGAAGAAUCCCCUCCACACAUUUGAAGUGUUCUGGGAAUGUGAUUCAAUAUUUGAUGCAACAUCUGAUCAACCUCUAAGCUUUCUGGAGGACACUUCCUUCGUUGCCUUCCCUGCCAUGCACAUUCGUCAGAGUGGGACGUUUUCAUGUGACUUUAGGACUCGCUCUGAGACGGCUGUCGUGUUGUACAAUGCUGGGGUGCCUCCAAGUCAGGAUUUCAUCGCUGUGGAAAUCAUCAGAGGAAAACUGAAGGUUUCUGUGGACAAAGGCAAUGGUGCAGCAGAAAUGACUUCAGAUGCUGAUGUUAGUGAUGGCAAAUGGCAUCAAAUUGACCUAUACAUCACUCCAACAUUGUUAGAACUUUCACUAGAUGGGAUCAAGAAAGUCCAACGCUUCAACCUUGGAGGUAACAAGUACAUUAAUUUAGGCGGCCAUCUGUUCCUGGGUGGUCUUGGUUUCAGUGCCAGAACUAUUGCAGUCCGCCAAGGACUUGUGUCCCUGGAAGGCCACAGAGCACGGCAUGGCUCUAUGAAAGGAUGCCUGAGGAACAUUGUCGUUAACUCCAGGUCGUAUGGCUGCCGGGAGGUUCAGAUUAGCAGAGCCAUCCACCCAGGGUGUGUCUGGCAAUUCCCCUGCUCUAGGCAUCCAUGUAUUGAAUCCGCCAAGUGUACAGAGAUUAGCCAGGAUGAGUUCAGGUGUACUUGUGACUUGGAGGAAUGCGUGAAACCCUCGAUCACCUCUUCUGGAAUGUCAGAAAUCCCCCCAGAAGAGAUCCUGCUUAUUCAACCCUUGAGAGGGGAGGAGGGAGGGGAAACAGUCAUCACCACAAAUAACAUAGAAGUCGCAUUUGAUUAUGAUGAGCACAGAGUCAGAGAAUCGGCAAUAGUCUUUCAUGUAUUAAUACCUCCCAAGCAUGGUUCUCUGGAAGUCAACAUCGGCAGAAGGAGGGACUCGUCCACAUUUACACUUCUGGACCUGUUAGGACAGAAAGUGGUGUACCUCCAUGAUGGGACAGAUACUGAAGGAGAUGACGCCACCAUUGAGAUGGAAAUCCUUGGCCAGUAUGAGAACAUUCCCAUUCAGCUGAAGGAAAAAUACUCCUUUGUUUUGCCCAUUAUUGUAAAGCCACGGAACGAUCCGCCUAGGCUCAAACUUCCUCCAGAUGAUACUCUGAAAAUUGCCAAGAAUUCCAAGCUGAUUGUCACUAAGGAAAUGUUUGAUGUGGAUGACCCAGACACAAGUCCAGAAAAUUUGGUUUAUUCUGUCAUGUAUCAAGAUGUAGACAAUGGAUUUUUCGAGAGGUCAUCUAACCCUGGUCAGAGUAUCAAUAUGUUCACUCAAAGGGAAAUCAAUGUGGGUGAGAUUCUGUUUCUACAUCAGGGUGAUCUGACAUCCUACUUGAGGGUCAAGGUCAACGACGGAACCACAGACAGUGAUUAUUCUGAUUUGAAGAUAUCAGCCAGAAUUCUCCAGCUUCAGGUAAUCAAAAACACAGGCAUCGUUUUGGCUCAUGGAACUUCUCAGCUUGUUCUGAAGGAUAACUUAACAACUGCUGCAAAUGUGCUCGUGCAGGAUUUAGAACUGAAGUACACAUUAAUCAAGGCUCCUGAAUAUGGCGAUGUUCAGCGAUUGGAACAUCCAGACAAUGAGUGGGUAACCACUAACACGUUUGCCCAGAAGCACAUAGACAAAGCUUACAUCCGAUACAUCCACAGAGACAUUGCUGACCUGCCUCCAUCUGAUCAUUUCAGCUUUAUCGUCUCUGCAGAUCAGGCCAUCACCAGUGAAAACUCCUUCCAAAUAACAUUUGUCAGAGUACAGGUGGAGGUUGACAUGGGGUCGCACUUAGUCCUGGAACAUGUCUCAGAGAAAGUCAUUGAACAUGAGGAUCUUAAAAUCAUUACCAACGCGCCAACUUUGAAAGCAGAGGAUAUCUCCAUUACCAUCAGCAAAGCGCCAGCUUAUGGGCUCAUUCUCAGAGAAAUGGAUCCGUCACCAGGUUCUCCUGAGGAAGAGUUGAGGCAGGGUGAUGUCUUCACACAGAAGGAAAUCCUCACAGGCAUGGUCAUGUACAGGCUUAAGAAAAUGACAUACGAUCCAGUUGAGGAUCAUCUUGACAUAACAGUGUCUGCCAGAGGUGCACAGGAAGCCAAAUUCAGACUGAAAGUGGAAUAUAUUCCCGAAGAAACGGACACCCGCUUCAUUAACAAUGGGUUAAGAGAUGUUCCUGAAGGGGGUCAGACAGUGAUUGGGAAGGAUGAUCUAUAUGCUGAAACAUCUGGAUUUGAGGAAUUCCAGUAUGUGAUCAUUGAGCCAUUAAAACAUGGAGUAUUGCAGAUUAUAGAUUCGAGAUCAGCCACGGUGAGGAUGGGCAAUGUAACGGAGUUUACAAACAAGGACAUACGAACAGGAGAGUUGGUCUACAAACAUGAUGACUCUGAAAACGAUCGUGACUCCUUCACGUUUAUUACAAGCCCGAUCAUACAGGCUGCUCCAACAAUGCUUCCAGAAGAAACAGAAAUUACGGAGUUAACAGGACUAUUUGACAUAACUAUCACAAUGAGGAAUGACAACCCUCCACAGAGGUCUGUCAACAAGGUUUUCCAAGUGGUUACCAACAAGGCAAGAGUAAUCUCCAUCGAUGACCUCGCUUACACUGACCCAGAUAUUGAGUAUGAUCAGUCCAAACUUGUGUAUAAGCGGCAGAAGAUCCCGAAUGGUGAAAUAGUGGAUGCCAGAAACGGUACAGUUAUUCAACAGUUUACACAGAAAGAUCUCCUGGAUGGGGCCAUUUUGUUUGAGCACAGAGGAAAAGCUUACGCCCGCACUCCGAUAUGGGUGACAGAUGGCCAGUAUUACUCGACUGAUUUGUUUGAAAUUAGGGCGUCGGAACCAUUCGUGACCAUUGAAAACAAUACAGGAAUUGUUGUACAGCAAAAUCGAAAGGUCCGAGUGUCCUCGUACAACCUCAGCUUAGAGACUAAUGUGAAUAUACCAGCUGAGGAGAUAUUUUUUGAAUUAAAUGAAGAACCAAAGCAUGGCCAGAUGCUUGUUGAAGGGCAGGUGGUGUCCAGAUUCUCAUGGGAGGAUGUGAAGGAAGGCAGUGUUGUCUACAAGCACGAUGGCAGCCGCAACCUGGAAGACAAGUUCCCCUUCUCUGUGGAUGUGGGAGAAGCACAAGUACAAGGUGUUGUUUUUGUCAGCGUUACGAUGGCUUCCCAGCAGCGUCCUCCCAAAAUCCUGCACAAUAAUGUGCUGCAGGUGGAGGAGGGUACAUCAGGGACCAUAGAACAGCAGAUGUUACAUAUCUCCCACCCUGACGUAAAAGCUACAGGUAUAGAGUACACUGUGGUCUCACCUCCCAGUCACGGCAGACUCAAGGUCAUAGGGACAUCAGCGGCAGACAGCGUUCCGUUAACCUUCACUCAGGAGGACAUCGCAGCAAGGAGAGUGCGUUAUUAUCAGACAGAGUCUGGCAAAACCACUGAUAAAUUCCUCUUUGACGUUACCAAUGGUUUCCAGUCAUUGCAAAGGAUUGAGUUUUUUGUAGACAUCAUUCCAAAGGAGUUGCCUUUGCAAGUCAAAAACUUCACAUUACCCGAGGGUGGUACUUUCACCAUUUCACCAGAAUUUCUGUAUAUCAAGGGGAAACAUUUUAAAAAAUUGCCCAUAGUUUUUCAAGUUAGAAAACAUCCUGAAAACGGAUUCCUGCAACUCCGCUCUGAUUCUCGUGCUUUUUUGGUUGAAUUUAGCUCUCAGCAGGUGAAGAUGGAAGAGAUAAUUUAUCUUCAUGAUGGUAAUGAGACUUCACAUGAUGAAUUUACCAUUGUUGCCGUAAGUAAAGGCUCUGGGUCAUCUAGAGAGAAGAGGAGUCGGCCUGUGACCAUCCACGUGUCUAUAGAACCUGUCAAUGACCAGCCACCCAGGGUGAUGGUCAACCGUGGCCUGCAAAUCUGGAAGGGGUCCAUGAAGCUGAUCACCCGUGAAGACUUGAGCGCUAUAGAUCCUGAUUCUCCUCCCCAAGACAUCAUGUUCCAGGUGACGGACCCCACUAAUGGUCACAUCGCCCAUGUAAACAACACCUUCAGGAAUAUCUCUGUGUUCACCCAGGAUCUCAUCAAUAAGAAACAAAUAGUUUUUGUACAUUCGGGAGCUGACACAGGGUCCUUCUCUCUGGAAGCUUCAGAUGGUGCGAACAGAGACGUGAGUCACACAUUCUCUGUGGUGGCCGUCCCGCUCCUGUUGACCGUGAAGACUAACAACCCCCUGGAAGUGUUCCCAAACACUCUACAGCCAAUCACGGAGGAGAAUCUGUUUGCAGAAACCAAUGAUCCAAACCAGACUAAGCCCAUUCUGUACAACAUAGAGACCAAACCAAGAUAUGGUAGGAUCGUCAGUACAGCUAGUGGCCGCCCCCUGAAUGUGGUAUCCUUCUCACAAAGGGAGAUAAAUGAUGGAGCAAUCCAUUACAAGCAUACUGGAUAUCUGAGUGGCUGGGGGCAAAAGGACUCUUUAAUCCUGGAAGUUUCAACGUUGUAUGCUGAACAUGUGCCACGCGAGCGCUUUGACAUUGACAUUUCUUACUCUAAUCUCAAUGCUGACAACCGUGAUCAGCUGAUUCACAUCCGGCAGUUGGCCGUCAAAGAAGGCAGUGCAGCACAUAUCACCAGAGACAAUCUGGAUGUGACCCGCUUCACGAGGCAGCUGGAGAGCAUUGGCAAACGAGUGAGAAUAGAGUAUGUUGUGAAGGGACAGCCGAGGCACGGGGUGCUGGCCAUUGGAGGAGCUGAAGCUCGGGAGAACUCCAAGUUUGUCCAAUCCGACGUAGAUAGACGUCGAGUGACCUACAGACACGACGAUUCUGACACAGAGAAUGAUGCUUUUGAGCUGAGUCUGGCUAUAAUCAGCUUGAAUGCUGCUGGGCAUGCCACAGAAACCUCUUAUCUGGACAGCUUCUUCAACAUCACUGUUGUGCCAGUCAAUGAUCAACCCUUUACCCUUGUAACAGACAAUCCAGGUGUACAAGUGAUCCAGGGUUCUAGCGUGAACAUCACUGCGGACGACCUCCUGACUGAAGACCCUGACACCCCUGCUGAUCAGAUCACCUACAGUGUCACCAGGCUCCCGAACAAUGGCAGACUCGCCUUUAACAACAACCCCAAACAGCAGAUCCGAGAGUUCACCCAGGAGGAUGUCAACCUGAACAGGGUGAUGUUCAUCAGUGACGGCAGCCGCAACGAUGGGGCCUUCUACUUCAGGGUGUCUGAUGGUGCCUUCCGCCCUUAUCUAAAAAACUUCAGCAUCAGAGUUGUCCCGCUGCGAGUGUCUAUCCUCACCAGUUCAGCUGUUAAACUGGUCCAGGGGGAAUCUUCUGUGUAUCUGAGCUCUCGGAAUCUGGAUGUGGAAACCAAUGGAAAUCGUGAGGACGUAACAUUCACUGUGACUAAGCGGCCACAAUUUGGAAAACUUUACCUCGGGGACCAGUCAGUGUCCAUCUUUAAUCAGAAAGAUCUUGACAAUGAACUCGUACUCUAUAUACAAACCAAUAUGACAUCUGGCAGUGAUGGAUUCAAUUUUAACGUUGCCCUUGGUGACAGCCUUCUGGUGAACCAGCUAAUGAAGGUCGUUGUCGUGCCCCUGGUUACCCAGAAUCCAUUUGAUGCCCCUGCUGGGAGCGAGGUGGCCAUAACGAUGUUUGCGCUGGACGCUAGUCGCCUGGCUGCCAUCUCGGGAGAUAAUCCAAAAUACAGCAUCCUGAAGAAAGCCAGGUUUGGUAAGAUUGCCCUGAAAUCUCGUGCCAAACGAGAGUAUGGGAACCCCGGGGCAUACAGAGAGGUUGACACGUUCACACACGAGGAUGUGAUUUAUGGGAAGGUGUUCUAUGUCGCCAACCCUAUACGCAUCAAGGAGGAGGUAAACGACAGCUUCACAUACAUUCUCUCUGCACACCAUGUCCAGCCUGCCCAGGGCGUGUUCUCCGUGACUGUGAAGCCCCCAGUGAGGGGUUUUGAAACCUUCCCCACGGUGAUUCCGUUAGACCCUGAUGAGGGUAAAGGAGCUGCUAAUGGCACAGGGCCUGAGCUGGCCCCUGACUCAGAGCUUGUCAGCCCAAGUAUUACCACAGACCAUAUCAUCAUCAUCGUCUUUGUCUGCUUAAUCAUCGCCCUCAUUGUGGCAGGAUUGGUCGUUUUUUUCUUGUGGAAGCGACGCAAAGAAAAGAAAGUGGAAACACGUAAAAAGCAACGUCCCAAACCUCGUCCGUUCAUCAGCGGGCCAUUGCCCCUGAAUCAGCCUAAUGUGCACAUAGAGCCAAGUCAGCAGCAGUCUAGCCCAGCUUCUGACGAGGAACACACAUUCAUGUUAGGCUCUGGCUACAGCAAUAUACCAGCCAUCAAUGUCACCGGUGAUGCAGACAACAUGGCCGCCACUGGCAGCCCCUCCUCAGUCGCCUCUCCUCCUCGCUCACCUGACCUCUCAAGGACAGAAGUCAGUGUGGCCGUGCCAUCGUGUAAGGUCACACCCCUGGUGGAGAAUGAAGAAUCACCUAGUGCCCCUAAAACACCCGAUGGUAGUGCUAUUUCAAAUAACAGUGCUGAUAUGUUUAACUUUGAUUGGACGCUGAUGGAUCCAGAGUUGCUUCAACAUUGUCGAACAACGAACCCUGUGUUACGGAAGAACAAAUAUUGGGUGUGA